CCAGUCAGGUGAAACACGUUAAACCAGCCAAGGGAACCAGUUUCACCAGCUCUGUGCUGUGAAGUGUUUUGGAUCAUGUCUGCUGUGAUUUAGUCAGGAUGUCCUACAGAGUGAACUACUCUCCUCUCCUGCGUGUACACGCACAACCAUCUCAACCAUGCCAUAAAGUGUGUGACGUAGCCUUCGGGUCCUGUAUGAAAGGGCAAACUCUGCCCAGUAAGUCAGGCAGUGCAGUGCUGUGUGGGUCAGACCCACCGGAUGACGGUGUCCCAGCUUUGAAGGCUCACUCGUGGCCGGACGGUGUGGAGGAAAGCUCAGGGAUGGAGAGGCUGCUGAGGAAAUGUCAGAUCAGGAACCAACUGGUCAGGGAGUGUUUGGCUGAAUGCCUCGGAGUCUACGUCCUGAUUCUGUUUGGAUGUGGCUCCGUUGCCCAGGUGACCACAACUCAAGAUAAGAAGGGACAAUACCUGUCAAUCAAUCUUGGUUUUGCUCUGGGAGUUACAUUUGGGGUGUUUGUGUCUCGUGGAGUCUCAGGUGCCCAUCUGAACCCAGCCGUCUCUCUGAGUUUAUGCUUCCUGGGCAGGCAUUCUUGGAUAAAACUACCUUUCUACAUCUUCUUCCAAGUGCUCGGAGCCUUUCUGGCUGCAGCUACAGUUGGUCUGCAGUACUAUGAUGCUAUCCAGGCGUACAGCGGAGGUGAGCUGACAGUGACGGGUCCCACUGCCACAGCCGGCAUAUUCUCCACCUACCCAGCUGACUACCUCAGUGUGUGGGGAGGUGUCGUGGACCAGGUGAUAGGCACUGCUGCCCUGCUGCUGUGUGUCCUGGCUCUUGGGGACCAGAGGAACAGCUCCAUCCCACAUUAUCUUCAGCCUGUGCUAGUGGGAGCAGCAGUGCUGGUUAUUGGUGUCUCAAUGGGCUCCAACAGUGGCUACGCCCUCAACCCGGCCAGGGAUCUGGGACCUCGAAUAUUCACGUUCGUCGCUGGCUGGGGAGUUGAUGUUUUCAAGGCUGGAGGUGGUUGGUGGUGGGUGCCCAUAGUGGCUCCCUGUGUCGGGGCGCUGCUGGGAACGCUGAUCUACGAGCUGAUGAUUGAAGUCCACCAUCCCGUCAUUCCAUCUGAGCUCCAGACCUCGUGUCAGGAGGCCAUUGAAAGCAAGUCAGAGGUGGAGCUGAAUGGGGUGGAGCCAGAUACUGAGAAACCAAGCAGUAAAUUGUAGAUGAAAAAAAUUAAAAUGUAUACAGUUGUAGAUGGAAAAAAAAAAUUAAUGUAUACAGUUGUAGUGGUGGUGUGAUGUCCUCUGAAGCUGUCUUUGAUGUCUGUGAGUAAUUUAUUGGAACAAGUUCAUUAGUUCUAAGUGCAGAAAAACAGUUUUGUAGCAUAAUCAUACAUGCAAGGACAAAAAAAAUCUUUAAACUUUGGUUUAUGUGUGUGCAAAGUUAGUGACAUUCCCAUCCACCUCAGCUGUACUUUGGUUUAGUGCUAACAAUUAAAUACUAACAUGCUAAA